AAGUACAAUAUAUCCUAUCCGCUAAACAACAAACCAAUUUUGAAAAAAAUUAUUUUAACUUGCUGAUUUCAAUUUCCUAGUUAUUUAGGGGUUUAUAUUUUAGUAGAUACAGUAUUAUCUCUCUUUUUCACCAAUGGAUGAAGGGGCAUCAGAUAAUAGCAAAACUGUUGAAGAUUCUAAUUCAUCCCCAAAGCUCAGUGAGGUUGAAAAUGGAAAUAAAACAAAUGAAGAAAAAGACGAACGAAAAAAGAUUGAACCAGCGGGAAAUUGCUAUUGUGGUAAAGAAAGAAAUUUGAAUAUAGCUGAGUUAUUAUGUGCCAAUUGUAAUAGAUGGUUUCAUGAAUCCUGCAUUGGAUAUCAAAUGGGAAAAUUAGUGCCAUUCCUGACUAACUAUGUAUUUCUAUGCAAAAAUUGUUCACCUUCUAACCUUGAAAGUUUCAGGAAAACGCAAGCACAAAUAACACAGAUGUGUGUAACGGCAAUCGCCAAUCUGCAACAAGCUAGUGUGAAAGAUGGUUCAAAUAAACUUAUGUUUAGCAAAGAAAAAGAGAUCAUACCUUAUAUAGAACAUCAUUGGGAAGCCCUCACUACAACAUCUCGGAGAGUAACGCAAUCAUGGCAUUUGACUGUUCAAAAAGCUUUAAUGAAAGAAAUCCACAUUCUAUUUGUCUUUGAAGAAAAUAACGAUGAAGGCCAUAUGUAUGGUUUGAUUGAUUCUAAUUUGACCCAUAUCAGACCAAAUUAUGAUGCAAUGAUCAAAGGAGGUUUGCUAAAAGUCACAGAAUUGGGAGUUCAACACGGUUCAACAGCUGGAAAUGUGAAAUCUAGGAAGACGAAAAGCAAAGCUCCCGAUGUGAAUGUGUCUGGUAAAAAGGGAAGGAAUUUGGAUGUCGGAUGUGUGAAAUUACCGUCACAUGGUUACCCUCUUGAUCAUCCUUUCAAUAAGGAUGGUUACAGAUACCUCCUCGCAGAGCCUGAUCCGCAUGCACCGUGUAGACAAGAAUUCGAUGAGAGUCCAGAUUGGGCUGGGAAACCGAUACCAGGUUGGUUGUAUCGUACAUUCGUACCAAGUACUGUUCUGCUAGCUUUGCAUGAUAGGGGCCCACAGUUAAAAAUUUCAGAGGAUAGACUUUCUGUUACUGGAGAUAAGGGAUAUUCUGCUGUCAAAGCAACACACUGUGUAACCACAGGAGUUUGGUACUGGGAAGCCACCAUUGAUGAGAUGCCUGAAGGUUCAGCUACUCGCAUUGGAUGGGGACAGGACUACGCUAAUUUGCAGGCACCUCUGGGUUACGAUAAAUUUGGGUAUUCUUGGAGAUCUAGAAAAGGAACGAAAUUUCAUAUAUCCCACGGAAAGCAUUACGCUGAUGUUGGUUAUGGAGAGGGAGAUACUGUCGGUUUUAUGAUUAUUCUACCUCAAAAUAGUACAACACAGUUGGUUCCUAACACUUUCAAGGAUAAGCCCUUGGUUAAGUUCAAAAGUCAUUUAUACCAUGAGGAGAAGGAUAGCGUUCAAAGUCGAGUGAAAACUUUGAAAGUUCUACCUGGUGGGAAAGUUAUCAAUUUCAAAAAUGGGGUAUCUCAAGGUGUAGCUUUUGAAGAUAUUUACCAAGGUGCUUAUUAUCCAACCAUCUCACUGUAUAGAAAUGUGACCGUAACUGCCAAUUUUGGACCUAAUUUCAAGUAUCCACCACCUGCAGAGUUCAACUGGAGAGGGAUGCAUGAAAAAGCAGAAGAAGCGAUUUGUGAGCAUACCAUGGCUGAUAUUUUAUAUCUGACAGAGAAUGAAGGAAAAUUGAGACUUGAUACUUUUGUCCUUUAAUAAUUUCGUUAUUUUGUGCAUUGUACAAAUAAGGGAUGAGUUGUAAAAUAGGUAUUUUCAAUUUUAUAUAUUUUGCAGAAUAAAUCACGGAUAAUAUGAAUUUUUCAUUCAAUAAAAUUUUAUAAUUUUU